ACCGUGCCAAAACAAGAGAAAAAAACACAUCAACAAACAAACGGUCGGUGACUCGCGUGCAGUUUAGUUCGCUUUUUAGUUUUUUGUUAGAAAUGUGCAACUGUUUCUCUAAUUUUCACAGGUAGUUCAGUGAGUGCAAACACACCACCAUCAGCUAUCGUACAUUAAAGCUUUAUCUGAAUAGUAACCACUGCACCAUUCCUCCAUCGAGAUCAUCACGCGUGCAAACGAUCGAUAUCGUUCGGUUAGUUGGCUCUACAGAAGAAUGCGUAGCGCAAAGUUACAGGCAGCGCUGGUGAAACGACGGGAAGCGGAACAGAUCAAGUACCAAAAGUCAGCCGCCGUAGAACGGUACUACGACCAGUGGGGACGCAUCACGAGCCGGUACGAGUCAUGGACCACGCCCAAGUACUACCGGGAAGCGGAAGAAGCACUCCGGAAGCGAGAGGAUGAGAAGAAGAAACAGGAAGCACUGGAAUUGAAACGUGCCCGUCUAAAGGAACUUUUACAGAAGGAAAAUGAGGAGCUACAAAAGGAGAUGGAAAAUAUAUCUCGCCCAAAACCGAAGUCAGUUUCAACUGAAAUCCUGGAAGGAAUCCGAUCGCGGUUGCACAGUGCGGAAGAAGCAAAGAAGCGCAUGGACCUGGAGGCAAACUUGUACAGCAAGUGGCGCCUUGGCUUUGACAAAGACGCAGUGAUAAUGGACUCGAAAACGACACACCAGGCGAUGGCCAAGCUGAACUGGAUCGAUCGGCAGGUGGAGCUGCAACUGCAGGACGAAAAGGAUCGCCGCGAGCAGCAGGAACGGCAGCUAAAGCUAUCCGAGGAGGUCCGUCGAAGGGAGGAGCUGAUGCUGGAAAAGAACCGAAUGCGCGAGCAGGAACUGAAGGAACUUCGCAGCAUGCAGGAAAUGCACAUGGCGGAGCUGAAGUCGCGGGAACAGGAAGCGAACGAGCUGAAGAUGUACGAGGUGCGGUUGAAAACGAAAAAGGAAGAGAUGGUCAACGAGUUGGAGCAGCUGCGCGUGUACAACGAUGUGAGGCGCGACCGUGUGGUGGCGAUGCAUAACUUAAGGCGCAUAAAGAUGCUGCUCCGCGAGCGCUCGGAAGCGGUGCGGAACGAUCUGCAGCAUGACAUUCAGCUGCUGCAACGCAUCAGCAGCGAUAAUCCCGCAUCGUGCGACAGUGCGGAAGGGAUCGAGUACUUGCGGCGCAAGUUUCAGCUCCAGUACGAUCUGGAGGUGGAGCAGCAGAUGACCAUCGAGGGCAUGUACGAGUCGGAGGCGAAACACAGUUUGGCCAAGUGUGAGGACAAAUGGAACAGCGAGGCGAUCAUUCGAGAGCAGCAGCUGCGCUGCCUGCUGGAGGACCGGCUGAUGGACUUCGAAACGAAGCUGGUCGACUGUACGCAAAGGCAGCGCGAGCUUAUCGAUGUACGCGAGCAGCACAUCAAAGCCAUCGAGGGGGCCAAUCAGCGGCUCAAAGAGCUGAUGUCCGAUAAAUCGCGCGAUGAGUUUGUCACCUCGUCCAAUAACACCGAACUGCGGGACCUUCUGGUGCAGCGUGGUGGUGGUGGCGAUGGCACGGAUAGAGGACACCCAAUUCCGAGGCGACCCUCCACACAGAGUUCGCAGCGGAGCAGCACUUUUAGCAGCAUCUUUCCCUUUGAUGAUUAUUGCAAGGAGCUGAAACUGACUGAAAAUCGCACCGGUAGACCGAACGGCGGGACGGUUGGGGCCCCCGAAGGUUUGACGGCGCCUCGGUUUGGCAAGAAGAAGGUAGCCUGGUGCUAAAACAUGACAUACCACACCGUACGAUAAGACGCUGUUCUGACGAUAAAUCGAGCUUAAGGAGUAAUAUGUAUUUUUUUAGAAUUUUUAUAGUAAUAAUUUGUGGUGUGCCUUUUAAACAAUAUAUUUAUUUUAUACAGAACACUCA